GAAUUCUAAUGUGGAAGAACUUUAUUGGGGCCAAGUAAGGAAAAAAUUUUUGGACAGUCAAAAAUGGAUGCAACAAUUGAAAGAGAGUGCAGUGCUUUGGGUGGCCUCUUUCAACAGAUUAUAACUGACAUGAAGAAUGGAACACCAUUAUGGGAAGAUUUAAUUUCGAAAGCAACCAAAUUACAUUCUUGUCUAAGGGCUGCCAUUUUAGCUAUUUCCGCAUACCUUGAUACUUUUCAAAAAAUUGCUGAUGCUGCAACUAAUGCAAGAGGUGCAACAAAAGAAAUUGGAACUGCUUUAACCCGGAUAUGUCUUAGACAUAAAGCAGUAGAAACACGUAUGAAAUCGUUCACUAGUGCUAUUAUGGAUUGCUUGGUAUUACCUCUUCAAGAAAAAUUAGAAGAUUGGAGAAAGUCUCUAAUAAAUUUAGAUAAAGAACAUGCUAAAGAAUAUAAGAAAGCAAAAGCAGAACUAAGAAAGCGAUCUACUGACACAUUACGUUUGCAAAAGAAAAAAGCACGAAAAGGUCAUUUACAAGGACAAUCACAAGGACACGGGACAUCAUCAGGUGAUAUUGAAUUGAAUCGAAUGCUAGAGUCUUCAGCUGCUGUUGUUCAAGAAAAACGAUUAAGUUUAGAAGAAACGGAAAGAAAAGCCGUUCGCGCGGCUUUACUCGAAGAAAGGGGCAGAUAUUGUCUUCUUGCCAGAUUUUUAAAACCAGUACUUGAUGAAGAAAUUGCAAUGUUAAUGGAACUGACUCAUUUGCAAGAAGUUUCUGAUCAACUACAACGACAUGCAGCCUCUCCACAUCAUUUGCCUCCUGCAUCAGAACAAGUGAUAACAGAUAUAAAAGGUUGCGAUGUGACACAAUGGUCACUUGCUACACCGCCCUCAAGUCCUUCUCUGUCACUUGGAUCUAGAAAAAGUUCAAUGUGUUCAAUCAGUUCGUUGACCAGUAGCAGCAGUGGUUCUUGUAAAAGUCAUCCAAGUCCGUCUGGGCAUCCAUGGCAUAGAUCACUUUCCCAGGUGAAAAUUACACCUGUCGGUGUCAGGCCCUCCAGCAUCAACGGUAUGAUGACACUACGCCAUUUGAUAAACGGUAGUUCCCGUGACUCUGGCUUCACUUCUCAGGACACAUUAUAUACACAACCAAUUUCUGAACAUCAGGUAUCAAAUGUGUCUUCUCAAACUAAUCAGAAUACUGGUUGUACUACAACAAGACCUGUAACUACUGCUACUUGGCCUGACUUGCAGGAAACAUCAGUUCAAUAUGAUAGACAAAAUCAGAAUACAAUUAACGAACGGCCGCACACAAUUUCUUCUGCUUACGAAAAAGGCCAUCAGAGACCAGCACUCAGUGUUUACACAUUCCAAGCUCCAGAUAAUAGUGGUUGUUGUCAUAGUCAACCUGCUUCUCCAGUUUCUUCUUCCUCUUCAUGUUCUUCCUCUAAUCAACAAACAUCCAGAGUACAAUUGCGUAGAAAUAAUGGUAGUCACCGCCCUCCUAUACCAAACAGAUGUUCCAGUUUAGAGAGACCAACAGUUCCAGUAAAAAAUGAACCUCCUGGAAGUCCUCGAGGGAAACCUAAGUUACCACUUCCAGCACACUUAGCAAAAGAAUUAGCAACUCAUCAACUUCAACAACCAAUGUAUGUGAACAUGCACGAAUUAGCAAAUUUGGCUGCAAGUCGUGCUCAAGAGAUGCAAUUACCUUUACCACCACCUCCUGUUUCAUUAUCAGCGCCAGGAACUGAAAAGACUGAAAUUACGGAAAAAGAUGGAAGUCAAACAUCAGAAUCUAGUAUUGAGUCUAGCAGUGGAUAUGGAAGUCAAACUACUAUACCACAUUCUCAUUCACUCCAUAAUCCAAGUGAGAAUGUUUGGAAUGUACCUGGUGCUACGUCUACUUUAACAGUUCGUAGAGGAUCGAUGCAACAAGUGAAUAAACCUCCACCACCAACAAGACGAACGUCUACUAUUAUAACUGCCACAUUUAAUAAUCCUUCAUCAGGUUCUAAUGAUGAACGUACUGAUAAUGCAUGUGACGAAACUGAAAAUCUUCCUCCACCACCAGCAUUUUUGUUAGAAGGUUCUUCACCUACAGCCAGUCCGACUCCUCAGCGGUCUAUUUCAGUGUCUGAAACAGUAAGGACUCUUACAGAAUUACGUCAUACACCUGCUAGUCCAUCUCUUUUACGAAAGGCUACAGGACAAGCACAAUCGCAUAACAAUUCUGCUACAUUACCACAUAAUGCCGUAUUGCAAGUAACUCGAUCUUCUGUUGAACGUUCUUGUGCAGCGAUCCGUUCAGCUUCUCAAGAACGUAGUUCAAAUACAACACAAAUAACUACGGGUGUAAAUAUUCAAGGGCAAGGUCCGGGAGGAGUUGGUCAAAGUUUUAUGGCGGUUCUCAGUGCUAAACUCAUUAACAGUACAGGUAAUAAUACUACGAGUGGCAGUAAUACAAAUAGUAGUCCUAAAUCUGCCAGAAAGCACUCCAUUGAACAGCAGAUAAGUAAAAAUUCUAAAACACCCUCUGGUUUUCUUGAAACUUUGAAUGCUAAAUUAGCACAGCAACAGCAAAACUUACAAGGAAAUAAUACAACGAGUAGAUCAGCAAGCGUGAGACGCAUAAUGGGUAAUCGUGUACCUAUUAUGGAUCCUUUACAAGUCAGAGAUUCUCUCAUGGAUCAAAUACGAAAAGGUACCUCUUUGAGAAAGACCAGUGGUCCCAUCAACGAUCGUUCAGCACCUAAAAUUUACUGAGCAUCAUAAUAACGACGUUUGUACAAGUUCCUUUGUUAUCUCUGAUGUAUUUGAAUGAUAUUUGCGAUAAUUGUUACAAUUGUAACACGCAUUAUCAGGUCUGAACAAUACUGUUUACAUUGUCAAAUAAAAUUGCGCUUAUCACGCAUAUAUAUGUACAUGUAUAUGUAUAUGUAUAUAUAUAUGUAUGAACGUAUAUUUGAUAAUUGAUAAUUUGUUAAACUGACUUUUUUGCACUUCGGUGCUCUGAUAUAAAAUUCAAAGAGUAAAGCAAAUUCUUUAUAUGAAUUCGUUAAAGUCAUAAUUAGUUUCAUUAAAAUUUAUAAUUGUGUAAGAAAAGCAAGCUCUAUAUUAAAUCAAGCUCUGAUUUAUAUUUUGCAUUAUCAUAAUAUACAGGAAUUUAAAUGUCAAAACUUUGGAAACGUAAACAGGAGCGAUAAACUAAAAAAAAAGUCUUUUGAAGAUUUGCUCGUUUUUGUUCCAUUUUAAAGAAAAUCGCAAAAAAAGAAACAGUUUAGUUUAUCAAUCUUCUUCUCCCGAAGUUUUAAUAUUUAAAUUCAGAACACUCUGUAUAUAUAUUAGGUGCGAAGAUUAAACGAUUAUCUUAUAUGAGAAAGUCUAAUUUUAUUAUAUCAUACGCGUAUUUGAUAAUUAAAAAUAUUAAGAUUUAAAUAAUAUAUUUAUAAACUAAAGUAGUAUAUUUAUAUCUUAUUUCAAUUCUAGAUCUCAAUUCGAGUUGAUGUUAUAUGAAUACUAAUGCCUAAUGCUUGCCAAUACCAUGAAAAACUUGACUGAUAUACUAAUAAUUUUAUGAUGUACUAAAUUUUAGUAGUAAAAUACUUUAUAUUUUAAUUUAAAGAAAAAAUUCAAAAACUGCUUACAUAAUUUAAUAUAGAGCUCGAGUCUUACAUAUAGUGAUUAAUUUUACCUGUUUUAUUAGUCUUUCAUUUUUCUGUAUGAAGCGCACAAGUGUUAUUUUUAUUUCGUACUACUUUUAUUUUUUAUUCAAUAUCGUGUUCCUUAUGAGCACAGGUUCUAAUAGUAGAAUUUGUCAACCAGUAUAAUACUGUUUGGUAUGACAAAAUUGAACGUAAAUGUGUAUGAGUAUUACUGCCCAGGUAGAACUUAAUUUUAGAAUUAGUUUUUAUAUUGGAUCGAUUAUUCCAUCGAGAUUUAUAUCUUUAAUAUUUAUUCAAUAUCGAUAUAAAAUAAUAUUAUAUUUUCCAGACUACAGUAUUACUGCGUUAUUAUUUCUUUCACGAACAAUUCGAAAGCUUUUAUAUUGUCUUAGUGUAGUUUUUUUAGAUUAUAUCAAUUGUCUUUUAUAGCUUGCUAGAAAAGUGAUACUUAAAAAAAAAAGAAAGAUCGUUAAUUCUGAAAUAUCUGAAAAAUGUUCAAUCUUUUUUUUUUUUAAUGACGAACGAUAUAUAUAUAUGAACAAUAUUUUAUUGAAAACUUUAGAAACUCAAGGAAUUUUUUAAAUUGCAAUAAUUAAAUUAUUAAAAUUAUUAAAUGAUUAAAUCAUUUAAAGGUCCUAUUUAAACAUUCUUAAGUUGUAUCACAUUUCUAGCAAACUGACAAUAUCAAUUUAGUCCUAGUUUGGAAAUGUAUCCAUACUUCAGAAUAGUAUAAUAAAUUUGUAUUUAGAAUACUUCGUGAUUAUAUCAUCUGUCUUUUGCAUAUUGAUUCUACAUAUCAGAAUUUUUGUAUUACUGUGUUUUUUGACAUUAGGAUAAGUAUUGUACAAUACUGUUUUAUAAUAUCAAUAUCCACGAUGUUACGAGAACUGUUGAGAUGUGCAUUUACUAUUUAUUCGAGAGCAUUUACUGCCAAUACGUUCGACCAAUAUUCUCGCAAAUAUUGGGUGAACAUUUCGUCCCAGUACUUGUGUUCUGCCUGGGCAAUGCUGUUUCAAUAUCGGUAAAUAUUAAAAAUAAACGUAUAUGUGUAUCUCAGAUCGGCGAGAAAAGAUUAGUGCGUUGAUACAUUUUUGAUGAAUGUAAUAUCUUCACACAUAUUUAACAAAUUGAUCCAAAUUUUGAUCCCAAUGUAAUAGCAGUUGCAUUGGUAUUAGUAUCAUUAACCAUCUUGUUUUUUUAAGUUGAUCAUUUGCGAUCAUUAUAGGAUUCUAUAAUAUGUACUACAUGUACCACAUUGUUUAUUCGGCGCGGAUAAAUGGUGUUGUACCAACUAUAAACGAAAAAAAAAAAAAUAUCCAUUUUAUAUAGUAUAAUUCAAAUAUUUGGACACGACGCCAAUUGAACUGAAAACGCUACUGCCAAUUUAUAGACAUUUAAAAAUUGUUCCUUUCAUUCCUGAUACAAGUUAGAUACUGCAUUUUAUUUUAGUGGAGCAUCGCGACGGGUAGUUUCUCUAGCGGACAAUGCAAAUAGUCUUAUUUAUUUUGAGUAAACAUUUUACCAUUUACAAAUGUGGACAAAUAGCUAACUCAUUUCCAGUGAUAAUGCGAUUUGAUAUUUAAUGCUGAAGGCGAAUAUCAUAAAUAACAUAAAUAACAAUAAAAGUAAAGAAAGAAGAAAGAAAAAAGGAGGAAAAAAGCAAUGACUUGUAGUCAGCAUGCUUUGUUGUUGCGCAAAAAAAGAAGAAAGAAAGAAAAAAUGUUUUAAUUCUCUCAGCAUUAAAUGACAAAUACUUAGAGUAUAGUAA